CUCAUAUCAGUACUGUGUUUCGAAAACAUUAUUUCCAAAUUGCCAAGAAAAUCUCUAACCAUGGCAGGAGCUCCCAUCUCCAAAACCCAACUCACAAUUCUCUCCUUCCUUCUAUCCCUAGCCCUAGUUUUCGUCCUUGGAACAGGCGAAGAUGGUUUUGUCAGAGCCAUGGACAGGAAGCUUCUAGGGCUAAAAGAGGAGAAGCUCAGCCACUUCCGGUUCUACUGGCACGACAUAUACAGCGGCAAAAACCCCACCGCCGUGAUGAUAAUCCAACCGCCGGCCAACAAAUCGAAAAACGGCUUCGGCAUCGUUAGCAUGAUCGACAAUCCACUGACAGAAGGGCCAGAAUUAAGCUCGAAGUUGCUUGGAAAAGCUCAAGGGUUUUAUGGUUUAGCUUCGCAAGAAGAUAUUGCCAUGCUAAUGGCAAUGAACUUUCAUAUAGUUCAAGGAAAGUACAAUGGGAGCACUCUCACCAUCCUUGGCCGAAACCAGGUGUUCGAUAAGGUUAGAGAGAUGCCUGUGACUGGGGGCAGUGGUCUUUUCAGGUUCGCACGUGGCUACGCUCAUGCUAGCACUCACACGUUUGACCCUUCUACUGGAGAUGCUGUAGUUGAGUACAAUGUUUAUGUGCUCCAUUACUAGUUUUUCAUAUAUGGUUUUUGGUUUUUGAUAACUUUGUUGCUUAGUUAGAUUGAUUUUUGUUCUUGCCAUACGUCUUGUUAUUUAUUAUGAUAUGGCGUGGAUGACCCACUUCGAUACUGUGGGAACAUUAUCUGAUUGUGGAAUGUUUAUCAUAUUUAUUUAAGACUUUACCUUCGUACAAAA